UCUCUCUCUCUCUCUUUCCCUCUCUCAAUCAGAAAUAUUACCUUUGCCGGCAAGUAGCCGUCUCCCGUUAUAAUUUUAAGGUAAUUUAUAUAUUUAUAGAAUUGAAAACCACUCCCUAAUCCCUAGCUUGUCGUCUUCGUUGCACACAAUUUUCAGACUUGCGUUUUCUUUAAAAAACAAACACUCCCCCAUCCAUCUCUCUCUCCGUCACAUAUUUUUCUCUCUGAUCGAUCAACCCAAAACCCAAAAGGAAAAUUCGAAACACCCAUAAAGAGAUUUCUUUUUUUUUUUAUGGGUGUUCGAACCCUGAUUGUUCUCGGUAUCGCACUUGUUUGUUUUCUCGUGUUGAUUCGGGUGCUUCUAUUCAAAACCGGGCUGAUUUAUGUCGUGAAGAAAUGGUGGAGAUGGAUCGAAGAUUGCUUUCAUGUUCACCAGUUCCUCAAAGUCCCCGAAUUCAAUGAAAGUAUGCAAGAGAAUCAGCUUUAUCGAAGAGUCUCCCUCUACCUUAACUCCUUGUCUAGUCUCGAAGACUCCGAUUUCACCAACCUUGUCACCGGCAAGAAGCCUAACGACAUCGUUCUCUGCCUUGACCCCAACCAGACCGUCGAGGACAACUUUCUCGACGCCGUAUUAACAUGGACCAACGCUGACAAGACGCUACGAAACAACUGCAGAAGCUUCCUGCUGAAGGUCCGAAAGGCGGACAAGCGCAGAAUCCUCCGGCCGUAUCUCCAGCACAUCCACUCGGUGGCUGAUGAAAUUGAGCUGAGAAAACAGCGAGACCUGAAGCUGUACAUGAAUAUCAAGCGCGGCGAGGACGACGACGAUCAUCACCAUCAUCAUCAUCGCACCGGGGGUGGUGACGGAAGGUGGAGAUCCGCUCCCUUUACGCACCCUUCGACCUUUGAUACAAUAGCCAUGGAAGACGACCUCAAAAACAAGGUGAAGUCCGAUCUCGAAUCCUUCGUCAAAUCCAAACAGUAUUAUCACCGUCUUGGCCGCGUUUGGAAGCGAAGCUUUCUCUUAUACGGUCCGUCCGGAACUGGGAAAUCAAGCUUCGUGGCUGCCAUGGCGAAUUUCAUAUCCUACGAUGUUUACGUUAUCGAUCUCUCCAAGGUUUUGAAUGAUUCGGAUCUGAAUUUGCUUUUGUUACAGACAACGAGCAAGUCCAUCAUCGUCAUGGAGGACCUCGAUCGGUUUCUGACGGAGAAAUCGACGGGUGUGAGCUUGUCGGGAGUACUGAACUUCAUGGAUGGGAUAUUAAACUCGUGCUGCGCCGAAGAGAGAGUGAUGGUUUUCACGAUGAUGAACAGCAAGGAUCGCGUCGACCCAUCUCUGCUUAGACCCGGUCGUAUCGAUGUCCAUAUCCAUUUUCCUCUCUGUGAUUUCUUGGUUUUCAAAACUUUGGCGAGCAGCUACUUGGGGCUCAAGGACCACAAGCUCUUCCCUCAGGUGGAGGAGAUUUUCCAAACCGGGGCGAGUUUAAGCCCGGCCGAGAUCGGCGAGUUGAUGAUUGCAAACCGGAAUUCGCCGAGCCGGGCUAUAAAAUCGGUUAUGACGGCAUUGCAAACGGACAGUGAACGGAGGAUUGCACAACGGUUGGGGAAUACCGACGGACCGAGGAAGUCCGUGGAGGAAGCGGGCGCGUCCUUCCGAAGUGAAGGCGGCCAUGCCGUUCGGGAGUUUCGGAAACUUUACGGUUUCUUGAGGAUGAAAAGCUGCAAAGUCUCUCAUUCUCAGUCGUUCGAUGAAGGCUCGGUGCACAAGGAAGGGUAACAAUCACAUCGGCUUCGAAACGUUUCGGGUAAAAAAAUAUCGGCGCUUCUUGGACGGGCCUAAUUUUUCCAUUUGGGUGUAUAGGUUGGUUGGAAUUCAGAUAGCUAGAAAUGUGAUGGGGAUAUCAUCAAUUUUCAUUUCAAGGUUGAGAUUUUUUUUAAAAAAUGCAAAGCAAAGCAAAAGUUUACAAGGAAAUGAUAUUCUUCCUCUUGAAUUUUAUGAUCUCCAGCUCUACUUGUAAUGUUUCACGUUUUCAGUAACUAUUAUUUUCUUGAUGCUGAUAUUUCCUAAUGAUAUAUGAUAUUGUGAUGUUUUACAA